AAGAAACUUUUAAGGAUGCCUGAGCCGGCAAAAUCCGCCCCCGCGCCCAAGAAGGGCUCCAAGAAGGCGGUGACCAAGACGCAGAAGAAGGGCGACAAGAAGCGCAAGAAGAGCCGCAAGGAGAGCUACUCCAUCUACGUGUACAAGGUGCUGAAGCAGGUGCACCCCGACACAGGCAUCUCGUCCAAGGCCAUGGGCAUCAUGAACUCCUUCGUCAACGACAUCUUCGAGCGCAUCGCCGGCGAGGCCUCGCGCCUGGCGCACUACAACAAGCGCUCCACCAUCACCUCGCGGGAGAUCCAGACGGCCGUGCGGCUGCUGCUGCCCGGUGAGCUGGCCAAGCACGCCGUCUCCGAGGGCACCAAGGCUGUCACCAAGUACACCAGCUCCAAGUAGAGUGUCUCGGACCGUUACUUUUAACCCAAAGGCUCUUUUAAGAGCCACAAAUUUUUUUGAGA